UUUUUUAGUUGUUUCAACUUCCAGUCAAAUUUAAGUUCGUUCAACUUGAGGCUGCAUUGAUCCUUGUGAAACGUCAUCGCCUCCGCCAUAUUAGUCAGGUCAAAACUAGUGUGUAAACAUAUUCACAAGUUAAAUGUUUUCUUCCUGGAUAAACAGCACAACAUGAUUUAUUAUCAACACCGUCGAUUUAUUUUUGUGUUCAGCGGCUUAGGAGCGUAUUUUUCAGGUUAUCUUACUUAAAUUAUGAGAAACUGACCUCACCAAUAUGGCGGCGACGGUGACCCGUUCAGCGGAGAAUGCGCAUGUCUGGACGCUUGAACGCGCCAAAUCGAGAUGAAGACGACGCAAGUCAUCACCUCCAUGGUUCCACUCUUUGCACUACUCGUGUCAGCGCCGGUAUGAGAACUUUUACCAGUGUUCAUGAAGUGGCACUGCAAAUUCUGCAGCACUGUUCUUCCUAAAAAAGGAAAGGAUGUCUGAACCAGCAAAGCUGCGUGUGAUUCUGGAUGACCAUGAUAUCCGAAAGCUGGUCUUGCCUUCAGGGAUCCCUGGUACAUGUCAAGACCUGGAAUUGAUCAUCAGAGAGACAUUUCAGCUUCAGGGAAACUUCAGCCUGCUCUAUAAGGAUGCUGAGUUUGGUGAUUUUUUUUCCUUGACCACAACAGCAGAUCUUAAAGACAAAGACACUGUCAAAGUAGUUCUUGUUGAGCCUUUGUAUAUAACUUUAACAGAAAGUGACCCAGCAGGUCCUGUCUCUACACUGUCAGAUAGCUCUUCUAGUUCCUCAUCUCAUGCUUCAUCUGCUGAAACCAUAAUUCUCUCUUCUCCGGAGAACCGUGGGAGAUCACAACAGUGGCCAUCACCAUUUGAAAUUCCAGAAUUUGCUUAUGAUACAGAGCUGAUUCUCGAGUCUGCUAAUGCUGCAUUUAGAAAGGAUGGCACAUGUCUGAACAAUCCAAGCAUCAAGUCUGAUAUUCUUGAAAAACUGGCUGAAAGGAUCUACCAAUUUUGUGCAUAUCCAACCAGUGAGCAGAUAUGCAAUGUUGCUGAGGCAUUAAUACAAAAGCAUCCAUGCUUGAAGGAACCAGGUUCAUUCUCUGGGUUGUAUGGAUGGCAAACAAGGCUAAAGUAUAAGAUGGGAAAUUACAGGUCUAAAUUGAGAAGACUGGGAUGUCCAGAGCUUGUUGUCAACUCUGCCUCCAGCAAGACAGCAGCGGCGAAAGAUGUCAAAAAGCCACGUAAAGCAGAGGUUAAUUACCUCCCCCCAUACCCCACUGGAGAAUCCAAACAAACUCUUGAAAAGGAGAGGGUAGAUCUUCUCAGUGAGGUUAAGAAGAAAAAUAAUCAGAAGACCAUAAGUGAGAAGAUGUCAAGAACAUUUUCACAUCGAAGACAGGAAGUGGUGAAUGAAAACCCUGCCAUAGAAGAUCUUCUUCAUAGAUGGCCAGCUUUGUUUGAUGCUAUUCAGAUAAAAGAAGAAUUCAAAAGAAUUACAACCAUUGAGCUGGAAACAACAUUCAUUGCAAAUUUGGACAAGCACACAGUGAGGCUCCUGUCUUUGUUCUCUGCUAAAGGAGGUGCUGCUGGACGGAAGAUGGGUCAACUUCUGGAUCUUUUGAAGCAGGAAGAGACUACUGAAAUGCGCCGAGAUGUGGUGAUCCGCUGCUUAAUAGUGUACUUCUCCGAAAGUGUAGAUGAUCUUAUUAAGGAUUACCAUGGUGCUCCAUCUGAUGAAGUAAAAGAGGAUCUUGCACAGCAUACAAUCAAAAUUGUCACCAAAGGUGGUUCUACGGAGGAUGACCCGUUGGAUGUUGGGAUUGUGCUGGAAGGCAGAGAAGUACUGUCUGGGUUGUCCAGUGUUGCAAGGGCGUGUGCCUUGUUACUAGGUCUGAUCUAUGCUGUGAACCUUAGUUACCCCCAAACAACUCAGGUACACGUUUGAAUUUUGUCAAAAGAUGCUGUUAGAACUGGACAGUGGGAAACUUUCACCAAAAGUGCACGCACUGAAGUCCAAGUUGCUGAGUUAAAUGUGUGGUUAUCAGUGUCUCAAAAGAGGUAUGUGCAAGUUGCUAAGCAGUAGGUCUCAGGGACUUUUGUUUUGUGUAAAGUGAUGCUAUUUUUGGCUAAUGACAUGUUGUCAUGUUGUAAUAUUGAAACAUUGUCUUGACUACAACUUUCAGUUUGUUUUAUGCACUUUAUAGGCUAACAGCAGUGAAAAAAAAAUUUAAAUGGAUUUUCUUUAGUUUUGUAUAACUUGCUGCAAUUUAUGGUCACUGAUGUUGUUGGCAUAUUCUAAUGACAGUGUUGUCUUUGUAAGUGUAACUGUAGUUCCCCCCCCCCCCCCUUCCUUUUACUAGUCAGCCAUCAAUCAUUAGGAUUUUAAAACUCCUAAAAUGUUUGGAUUUUUCAGAUGAUUGACUGUUAAAGUUGACUGUUAAAACUGGCAAGCUUUUGUUCAUUUAAAACUAUACAGCAGGUCUCAAGGCCUCUUUAAGGACUCUGUUGCAUGUUUUGUUCAUUUUGCACUUAAUCUGAAUCUGUAUGUUGGACUGAGAAACUGAGUUUUUGGUUUCCAUUCUUAAAUAUUUUAGGAAUUUAAAAAUACUGUACCUCAACUUCAUGCAUUGUUAAUGUAUGAGUAAGAAAUGUAUUAAUAAAAAUAAAUUCAAGUAA